AUGAGGCCUGCCCUCUUGUUCUUGUCCUCCUCCGCCUACUCCUGUUCUUCUCCACUACUCCGCUCCUUCACGCGCGUUGGUGUCAACCUCGGCCUCAGCAUCAACGCUUGUGCCCGCACCUCCCAACCCAAACCGGCAUCUCUCCGCAGACUCCUGACACAAGCUGCUUUCCACACUCCGAAGCGAACGCGGCCCCCUUCAACAGCAUGGCGCUCCGGACGACGGAGGAUUGGCGCGACAACCCUUUUCGCCGCUGCCAAUGGCGCUGCACUCGGCACCGCUGCCUUCGUAACUCUCUCCGAGAAAGGUGACGGCGACGAUGACAAGACCGCCGAGUCUCGCAUGCUUGAGGUAUCCCGAGCUGAGAUUGCAAAGAAGGUUGAUGACGAUGACCACGGCUUCUCACGCCUACGCCACCGCAUCGUCCUCUUCGUUGACUUGUUCAUCUGGGAGCCCAUCUGUACCGGCUUCCGCUUCCUGCAUCUCGCCGCCAUCUUCAUCCCCGUCAUUAUAACCGUGCCUGUCAUGUGGUUUGGCCGUCGCCAACCCGACCGCGGCAAUGAGACUUCGGGUACGCUGUGGUGGUUUGGCUUCCUCGUCAAGGCCAUGGAGUGGGCAGGUCCUGCAUUUAUCAAGCUCGGUCAAUGGGCCGCCUCAAGGUCUGAUAUUUUCCCUACAGAACUAUGCGACAUAAUGUCCAAGCUACAUGCGAACGCUCCAGCCCACUCCCUCCACGCAACGAAACGCAUAGUCCAGGCUGCCUUUGAUGGCCGGAAUUUUGACGACAUCUUCGAUGAGUUCCACGAGAAACCUCUCGGCGUAGGCGCCAUUGCUCAGGUAUACAAGGCCAAGCUCAAGCCCGACCUGGCCGCCCCCGGCGACAACGACUUGGGCGAGACGCAGCUGGAUCUUCGCCAAAAUGUGCGCAAGAAUGUGGGAUCUGUACUCAAGAGCACACCCAAACGCGUGCCUUCUUCAUAUGUGGCCAUCAAGGUCCUCCAUCCUGGCGUCGAGCGCAUCGUACGGCGAGAUCUGCGGAUCAUGGGCUUUUUCGCGUCCUUGCUCAAUUUCAUUCCUACCAUUGAGUGGCUGUCGCUUCCUGACGAGGUUGGACAGUUCGGCGAGAUGAUGAAGUUACAAUUGGAUCUGCGCAUAGAGGCUGCAAACUUGACCAUCUUCCGAAAGAAUUUCAAGGACCGUACCACGGCUUGGUUCCCCUAUCCGUACACCGAGUUCACAACGCGCAGUGUAUUGGUAGAAGAGUUCGCGCAGGGCAUCCCACUUUCUGACUUCAUGGAGAAUGGCGGCGGCGUAUUCCAACAAGAUAUAGCCUCGGAGGGCCUCGACGCCUUUCUACGCAUGCUCCUGCUAGAUAACUUCAUCCAUGCAGAUCUCCAUCCAGGAAACAUCAUGGUGCGCUUCUAUCAGGCCGACACGCCAAAUUUCAGCCUCCGCCUACACCGGAAUGACAGCACGGCAGCUGCGCUUGAAAACCAACCUGACGUGACUGAGGAGGUUCUUUCACGACUCCGUCCGUUUCGCCAUCGCAAAGACACUGCAGCCUGGGAAGCGGAGCUUGCCAAGAUUGAUCGCGAGGGCUUCCGGCCCCAGUUGAUCUUCAUCGAUACUGGUCUCGUGACGGAGCUCAAUGCUACCAAUCGCCGCAAUUUCCUCGAUCUCUUCCGCGCCGUAGCAGAGUUCGACGGAUACAAGGCCGGGCACUUGAUGUGUGAACGAUGCCGUCAACCCGACGCCGUCAUCGACGAGGAAGUAUUUGCCCUCAAGAUGCAGCAUCUAGUCUUAAGCGUCAAGAGCCGGACCCUAGCGCUGGGCAACGUCAAGAUCGGAGAUAUCCUCCAGCAGGUCUUGGCCAUGGUACGAGGUCAUCACGUACGCCUCGAGGGCGACUUUGUGAACGUCGUCAUUAGCAUUCUGCUGUUGGAGGGCAUAGGGAGGAACCUCAACCCGGAGAUGGAUCUCCUGAGCAGCAGCUUGCCUAUACUGCGCCAGCUGAGUGCGCAGAGCGGUGCGGAGCUGGCCAAGCAGGGUGACUUCAGCAUGAUUGUGGUGUGGAUGGGCCUGGAAGGACGACGAUUUUUGCAGGCCAGUGUUGAAAGCGUGAGUAUCCCUUAA